AUGUGGGAAACAGUGAAAUUACCUGAAGGAAUUGAGUGUAUGAAUUGUUCAAUUCGACUUACACAGCAAACUAAAUAUGGUAGUUUAUCAUAUUCGUGCGCUAACGUAAAUAUUGUUUACGAGAUUCCGAAUGGUGACACCUGUCUUGGACAUGGAACGCGUGUUAACUCAAAGUGCGAUUGCAAUCGACUUUUUUCUGGAGAAAAUUGCCAGAUUAGCGAUGAAUGCUGGGAAAAUGAAGAUUGCGGUCGUUAUGGUCAAUGUGUAUCAUUUAGCAAUUUCGCUUAUCCUCGAAGGCAAUGUUAUUGUGUAAAUGGUUAUUAUGGUGAACGUUGUGAACAUGAGACAAAAACAUUCACUAGAGAAUCGGAUUUCAAUCCUAAUUUAUAUUAUCAAAAGGAAUUAAAUGAUGAUGGCGAUAAAAUUUUCUGGAGAAUCAUUGAGGCAUAA